AUGGCAUCACUUAUCACCACCAUGUCUGUUCCCGUCCCUCCCAUUACCAUCUCCCCGCCUUCUUCGUCUGCUGCUUCUGUUUCUAUCAUCCCACCCCUCAGCCUCACUCCAUCGUCUCUUCACUCCAAGGCCGGUACUAUUCGUACCUCUCAUGCCCCCUUUGCUGAACCACCCUCGUAUCUACCACCCGCACUGCGCGCGCUCAAACAGGAUUCGUGUGGACUGACACCUCCCAGCAAUGCUCGGACGAAAGCUCCCUUCAAGCCGCGGUCGGCCGCAAAAGGCACCAGCAGUUACCAGUUGAGACAGUUUGCGGAGGCGACCCUCGGGAGUGGGAGUUUGAGGAAGGCUGUUCGGUUGCCCGAAGGGGAGGAUUUGAAUGAGUGGCUUGCGGUCAAUGUGGUCGACUUCUACAAUCAGAUUAACCUCCUCUAUGGAUCGAUUACCGAGUUUUGUUCGCCGUCUUCGUGUCCGGAGAUGAAAGCUACCGACGAAUUCGAGUACCUAUGGCAAGAUUCGGAACAUUACAAACGACCAACUAAGAUGUCCGCGCCGGCCUACAUUGAACACUUGAUGAGCUGGGUGCAGAGCAAUAUCGACAACGAGCAGAUGUUCCCCAGCAGGAUCGGCGUCCCAUUCCCCAGAUCAUUCUCCAGUUUACUCCGUCAAAUCUUCAAGCGCUUGUACCGAGUGUACGCGCACAUUUACUGCCACCACUACCCCGUUGUCGUCCACCUGGGUCUCGAGCCCCAUUUGAACACGAGCUUCAAGCACUACGUUCUGUUUAUCGACGAGCAUCGGUUGGCGAGUGGGAAGGACUUCUGGGGUCCAUUGGGUGAUUUGGUCGAGAGUAUGCUGCGGAGUGACUAA